GCUUUCCUGAGCGCGCCUCAUCCCCAGUGUGCUGGACAACUCGUCAGGUCUUUGGAUGCUAAAUGUUAUGCCAUGAGAAACUUUCAACUGCAUUCAAAAACCUGACGACCGAUCCACAAUUCAGUGUCCCAGCUUCCACCAGACAGCUAAACAGCCUGUUGCAGCCAGCGCUACCCAGAGACCGAGGCAUCAUGACAUCGUCAGACGUGCUGAAGUUUGGUCCCAUGCUGCAGAACGUCCUCAUGGCCGGCUCCAUCACCAAGGCAGUGCAGACGCUGGGAGCCUUGCUGUCCCUACAGCAACUCAAUCUCUUCUGCUCCUCUUCUUCCUCUCAAGAUGASGACUUCCAGAAGGACCAGGUCUUUAUAUGCAGCAUCUCCUCCUCCUCCUCCUCCAGCAAAGUGGCAAAGCUCCCAAUCCCCAGCUCCUCAACCAGCGUAGCCAGUCUGAAUCUGACCGAAGACGAUGGGAUCUUUAUCUCCAAGGAGAAGAGACCGCAGCAGCCGACUYCAACGACGGUUACAACCACUCAAAUCAAAGAGAACAGUCGAAUCACACAAACACCUGGAGCAACAGAUCUAGGUCUACCUGUCCCAGGUGAGCUCCUCUCAGGGUUCAGUAACCCAGCCAACCAGAUGACAGCCCUGGCUCCUCCCCRUCUAGAUCCAGGAAGUGACACCAGAGUACAGCACCAGAAGCAAACUUCCUCUCAGCUCAUGCAAUUCCUGCGAACCAACUGCAGGAACGAGCCAGCCAUGGAGUUGACUGCUUUCUUCCAGUACACCACCCAGUACACCACCUCUGAUUCCACCGCCCCGGCAACGACCUCUGACCCCACCACGGAAACCAAGCAUGCCCAGGAAAUUAAGAAUGUUCUAGAAACUAAGAACGUCAGCGUCCUGAAGAAGGAGCUGUUCUCAGAGCUGCCGGAUAACCAGCUGAACCAAUAUGCCCCAGUGUUCACAGUAAAGCGUGUGGAGUCUGGAGGCUCUCUGAUCUUCAGCUGUAUCAUUGCCACCAAGACAGAGCUCUGGGAUAUAGGAGACGUCUUUACCGAGGCGACAAGGAGCGGUCCUUCCUCUGACGUCAUCACCACCUCAGAGAACAAGAUGUCUGCCGCUAGUCUCCAGUGUCAGAGUGUAGAGAUCUCUAACACGACCCUCCACCCCCCAGCUCCAUCCAUCCACAGCCUACAGAUCAAAGAGGGACAUGCGACAGGGAAGGUUCAGGACGAUAUCGACACCAUCAGUCGGACUCCAGAACUCCAGAGAUUCCAGAACUGUUGUUCCUUUGUUACCCCGGGCAACCAGUGUCUGAACAUUCCAGAGUUCCAGAUCCGUAAGUUUGAGGAGACGGCAGUGGUGGUGAGUCACGUGGUGCAUCCUGGGAACUUCUACAUCCAACAGGCCGACGCCACCCUCCAGCUGGAGGACCUCAACACUGAUGGUUUAGCAGAGCUGAAGUGUAUUCCAUGACAUAGGGACCUAC